GAUUAUUUGGAGCUCUUAUGUUUUCUCACUUUAAACUAAAUGACAACGUUUUCUUGAACUGAUUAAAAAACAUUGUGUAUUUUUCAUUUUUGUUGCCCAUUAUGUCCAGUCGAAGGCGGAGAGUGACGUUUUACCCGAAAGAUUUAGUCGAUGUAUUCAAAAUACUGAAACAGGUGAAAGAAAACUGUGUUACGGUGAAAUGCUGUGGAGGAACGUAUCCAGUUAGUGAAAACGGAGAUGUGCUGAUAUCUCUAAACAAUUUAAGACGUAUCCUCUGGUACGACCCAGCGGAACAAAUUUUGACUGUAGAAGCAGGAGUUACACUUAAGGAAAUUUUGAAGUGCGUCGAAUAUUUCAACGCUACGCUAGAACUGUACGGAACAUUGCCAGAUAUGGCUGUUAUUGAUGCUGUUUCUAUAGGCCUAAUAGGUGCCAAUGGUACAAUUGCACAAUGUAUUAAAGCGUGCAAAGUAGUGUCCUUACACGGCGAUACCAUUGAUUGUAUGUGGCCCUGUGCAGAACACGUUGUUGAUCAGAGUGGAAAAUGUGAUGGAAACGGAACUGUGUGUCCAACAUUGCAGCAUGUUGUGUGUGGCCUUGGUUGUGUAGGUAUUGUUGCAUCUGUUACUUUGAAAUGUGUACCAAUACAUCUAGCUCAACAGGUCACAUAUGUAUGCACAGUGAAAGAAAUACCAGGAAUAUCUGAGAGACUGUCAGCAGCUCUAUACAGUGAGUUACUUUGGUACCCUCUUAUAAACAGGAUAGCUGUCACAAAUCAUUAUCCAAUACGUUUGCAUCAAGGGUUUUACCAGCCAUUGUGGAAGAAAGUUAUAGAGACAGUAUAUAUACUUAUGCAUCAGAUAGUAACUCGUGUCAGCCCAUACAUGUCGUGGUAUUUCCCUGAUGCUUCAGCAUACCUUUCACGUCAGCAGUUUGGACUGGUGAUGAAAGCAGCAUCGUGCAGAACUGGUUUUUGUUUUAAACCACAGAAAUUUGUGUCUGUUGAGAGUUAUUGCAAAGGGAUAAAAUGGUCAAUUCCUAGAGAACAUUUACCUACACUUAUGCAGGAGAUCAGGAGUUGGGCAGAAAAGCAUAAACAUUUCUGUUCAACCCCCAUUGUGUUGUGUUUCCAGACAAACAAAGAUCUAGAUCUGCGCAAACCAUUGCUUUGCCCAUAUACAGAUGUUAGUACAUGCACAAUAUGGACUGACUGGUUCUGCAACAAGAAUUUGAUGAUAUCUUAUUCUGCAGAAAUGGCAGAAUUUGAAUCAUUGCUGCAGAAAAAUUUUGGUCGUAGAUGUUGGUCUGCUGGUCCAGUAUUUAUUUCACCACUUAUUGGACAGAUGUAUCCAGGUUUCAAGCAUUGGUGUUCUGCAAAGUCAGUGUUGGAUCCUGAUCUGAUUUUUAGAAGUCCGUAUGUAGAAGGCAAUCUUAUUAUUGAAAAUUGCUAGUGUAUGUCCUCGAUGUAUGUUAUUCUCUUCACUGCUUAUGCAGGGUGUUAUGUGCUUUGAGAUGUAUUAUAGCAUAUCAAGAAUCAUCAUUCUAAUGACUUUGAAAACGCUUUGCAUCACUAUAUCUGUGGAAGAGGCUUGGACACAGUGAAGUAAUAAUAAAUAAAUAAAAUAUAAAAAAGACCCACAAAGUGUGAAUCAAAUUCCAGACAAUCUGAACAACUGUCUCCAUUGUUGAGGACCAUGGACUGAUCACUACACAAAUAAUUAAUUUCAGCUUUGAUGCUGUUAUAGCAUGGAAUAAUUCCAAACAAGAAACUUAUUGAUGUCACGUUUAUAAGCAUUAACUGGCACAACAGUCAUUAGAUUCAGCAAUAUUUUUGUACAGUAAAAAUUGCAGAAGGGAAUAAGAUACUGCUGCAUUAACUUCCUACAAAAGCAGCUUUAAUGAAGGAAAGUCGAGAAGGAGACACAGUUGCUGUUCAUAGCCUUUGAAACUCAAGAUUUAGCAGGAAAGGAACCAUAAGAAAGUUACACUAGAUCUAUUUGAAAAGUGAAGAACUUUUCGAAAGCAAGGAGAUUGAACCAGAAUUCAGUGGAAUAUGACAGGCAGGAAAGCUUCAAAGUACGAGAGACAUAUUGACAGAAGUUAAGGUUUGAGGACUUUCUGUGAGUUGUGGCGUGGAUAGAAUAACUGGGUAAAGCACUGCCCAUGAGAAAGCAAGGUUCCCAGUUCAAGUCUCAGUCCGGCACACAGUUUAACUUACAAGGAUGUCCUAAUGUGCAUCCUGUGCUAUAGAGUGAAAGAUAUGUUUUGGAGUGAAUACUAUGCUAAUUCUCACAACCUGAGAUGUAAUGGUCGUGCAAUGUGUCUGAUAUGAGUUUAACAACUUCUUAUUUUUAUAUAGGAGACUCAGUUUAAAGAACUUAGAGAUGGUAUCUUUUGCACUAUAUAAAGAACAUAACAUUACUUGAAUCACCUGUACAGUUUAUAACUUGUUUCAGCUCCAUGUUGAAGUCACCCACUAUAAUGUUAAUUGCAGCUCUAUAAGUCCAAGCAAUAGACAUAAGUACAAACAUCUGUGCUCCAUGUGUUUAUGCAAAUGUCCAUGGUAUCUUUGCUAUUGUCCCUCAGCUGAGAUGUUUGAUUGCAAAUGCUACUUCUGCUCUGAUGCCUCAGAUAACAUCUCUGGAUCUGAAGGUUCUCAGCAGUGGGUACAAUCCUGCAUCAGAGACCCCUUUUUGUGCUCCACAAACAAUGUAGGAAAAAACAGCAACAUAAGUAACUUACCCACAGUAACCAAACAUAAAUGAAAAGUGUGUUCCGAAGAUGGUGAACCAUGUAAAGAACUGUAAAAGUGCUCAUUUUAAGCAACUGGUCUACUAGAUUACUGUUUCUUCUUCAUUUUCUCAUUUCAAAAGAAGAAAAGGUAACGAAAAAUCCAUAAGUGACUUACUUAUUUGUAGAGUAUUAAUGUCUUUUGGAUUAAUGUGAAUGAAUUAAAGUGCCAGCACAAGUGAAACUUUUGGGGUAGAUAUCAUGCAAAACAUCUUACACUGUUUGAUCAAAAAUAGUUUCAGUAGAAAUUAUUUCCUGAUUGGUGACAGGGAAAUGUAAUGUUAAUUAUAACACACACUGUUCUUCCUCUGUGACUGCUUCAACUAUUUGCAAUUAUUGAACAUGUACACAGAAAACAAGAAGAGUGAUCAAUUUGAUUCCCAUAAAAGGCCACUGUUUUGACUCUCUACCUAUCGUAAAAGGGCUACGCUAAGAGUGAGGUACUCAAACACCUUCUAAUGCU